GUGGAUCUUCGAAGGACCUUCACAUUCCGCAACUCCAAGCAGACCUACACUGGCAUCCCCAUCAUUGCAGCCAACAUGGACACAACAGGAACCUUUGAGAUGGCAAAGGUUCUCAGUAAACACACCCUCUUCACAGCCAUUCAUAAACACUACUCUGUAGAAGACUGGAAAAGCUUUGCUGCUGACCAUCCAGAAUGCUUAGAGCAUGUAGCCGCCAGCUCAGGCAGUGGCAAUGCAGACCUGGAGAAGCUGUGUGCCAUCCUGCAGGCCGUCCCUGCCCUCCAGUACAUCUGUCUGGAUGUGGCCAAUGGCUACUCUGAGUACUUUGUGGAGUUCGUCAAGACGGUGAGGGAAAAGUUCCCCAAACACACUAUCAUGGCUGGAAAUGUGGUAACCGGGGAGAUGGUGGAGGAGCUCAUCCUCUCUGGUGCUGAUAUAAUCAAAGUUGGUAUCGGUCCAGGUUCGGUGUGCACGACCAGGAUCAAGACAGGAGUGGGUUAUCCACAGCUGAGCGCUGUCAUAGAGUGUGCAGACUCAGCACAUGGACUCAAAGGACACAUUAUCUCUGUAAGGACAUGUUGUUUGUGCUUAUACGACUGUGAAAGGGCUGACGGACAGCUUAGUUGUGGAAAUACAAGAGCAUUUGCUGUCUGAAUUAAACUUAAUUGAUGGAGGUGUUUUUAUUUUUCAAAUUUUGAAUGCUAGUCUUUAACGAGUCUCCAAAUACUUGAUGUCAGCUUCACCUUUGGCAACAAAAGAACUGAGUGGUGAUUCAGUUUAGGCGUACUUGUUUGAAUGUGUAAACUGAAUGGCACUGCUCUGGCUCUAGACUAUUUUGGUUCUCACGAGCAAAGCUUUAACUGUUAGUAGUGGAGGCAGUUCCGGAAUCUCAUUCACAGAUUUGUUACAAAAAGUAUUAAAUCUAAGUAUUUCCAUGUCUAUAAAAGUAUGGAAAAUAAAAAUGUAGUUUUAUGAACAACAUAUCUUACUGUUUUUGACUUAUCCACUCAUGGGUCCAUCCAUCCAUCCAUCCAUCCAUCCAUCCAUCCAUCCAUCCAUCCAUCCAUCCAUCCAU